GGCCAUGUCUGGUCAAGUGAGUCCAGGCCACAACUGCAAGCUGCCUGACAGACAACAUGUCGACUGUUUCCUUGUCGAACAGCGACGAUCUGACGGCACUUUAUUUGCAACUCUCUUCGGGGGCAUCUUGAUGUAUAGUUCUCAGGCUGGAGAAAGAGAUAGUCAAGUGACACAGAAUCUAGAGUCUUAAUCCUUUUUGUCUUUUUCUUGGUAUUCAGUGCACUGGUACAAGGAAGUGGACUUAUUACUGGUGGGCCUUGCUGAAUACCGUUAAGUACAGACCCCGUCACUGUCCGCUAUCUACUGUCUCCCUGCAGCAGAAUGGCCAAAGGGAAGAAAAGCAGACAGUCUAAAAGUAGGACCGUCACCCUGAAAAUGGCUCAGAACUGCGUGGAGCUGACACUGAAUGGGAAACGGCGUCUGGACCUCAGUUUCAAGGAGAUCGCCACGGUGCCAAAGUGCAUCCAGAAGCUGUGUGACAUGGAUGAACUGGACCUGAGCAGGAACCUGAUCAGGAAGAUUCCAGAUUUUAUUGACCAUUUCAUCAACAUCAGCGUUUUAGAUCUGCACAGCAACUAUCUGGAGCAGCUCCCUGUGACUAUCGGCCGUCUCCAGAACCUGCAGGUUUUGAACCUGUGUAACAACCGUCUGAUGAGCCUUCCCCACGAGCUUGGCCUGCUGAAGAAACUCCACACGCUGAAUCUAGGUCUCAACCAGCUGGAGGCGCUUCCCGCCUCCGUCGGAGCCUUGAAGGAGCUCCGCCACAUCGGCCUCUCCGACAACCGAUUCACCCGCUUCCCCGUCUGCCUCUCGAGGCUGGACAAACUGGAGAAGGUCAACCUGGACAGGAACCCCAUCCUCACUGAGCAGAUGCCCGGCGAUGAGUCAUUAAUGAUAAAAGAGAGGCUUUACCUGGUCAAAGAGAGCUUCCUGUGUGACGACUGCCUGAAAAAUUGCCAAACUGAGAGGAAGAAGAUGGAAGACGUGGAGAAAGCAGAGAGCCCAAAUUAGUGAGCCUACCUAGCUUGGUGACUCAGGAGGACAGGGAGAUGUAGAGGUGGUUUUACUUUAAAAAGUUCAUAUCAUAUUGGCCACAUUGUCUUCCCAAGUUAUUCAAAAUGAAGUUUCAUUUUAAAAUAAA